AGGAAACCAAUGAAAACCUUCUUAACUCAAAGAGUGUGGCCUGUUAUCUGGUUAAGGGCUCUGCUGAGGCCGUUAGAGUUGCUUAUACUCUAUGUAAAGGUGAAGCCCUAAUAAUUUCUGCUGAUUUUCAUUAUCAAAGUGCAGUCAUUAAUUUCUUCUUUUAGCACUCCAACUUUAUGAACUGCCUGGUAAAUGAAAAGAUAUCAUUAGAUGAUCUCCAGAAACUGAAAUUAGCCUUUGAGGAAUCUGAUGUGAGUGGGACAGGAUACAUUGAUGUGAAGAAUUUUGGACAUAUACUGAAAAAGUGCUUGAAGGAGCCUGACAUGGGCAAUGCACAGAUUCACAGUUUGUUAAAAAAGAUUAAUUACUCAGAUCAAGGAAGGAUUUCGUGGGUGGAGUUUUCUACCUAUCUGCUCCAGCAGUACAAAGCAAAGGAGGAAACUGUGAGACGCAGCAAGCAGGUGGCCUUUAAUUUGCCAGCCACUGUGAGAGAUUGUGGUCAUGGCGUUACAAUAGUGAACAUCCACUCCACCCAUGAUGGCACCGUGUUAACUGUGAGAGAGGAUGGGCUCGUGUGUCAAUGGAGUUCUGAACUUAAACCUCAGAGGACCAAGCACAUGUUUAAGGUCCAUAGAAGGUCAAAGUGGGUAACUGAUUUCGCUCUGAUGUCAGAGUACAACAAGCUAAUGAUUGGAACAGGGGACGGAGAGAUUCAGUUCUAUGAACUCUCCUCUUUGGAGCCUUAUUGUCAGAUCAGUGCCUUGGGAACAAUACCUUUAACUUUAGACUACAGCUACACUGGUUCUGAUAACUGUUGUUUUCUAUAUGGAGACAUGGAGGGAUGUGUUACCAUCAUUUUACUGUCCACUGCUGAGGACACCCUCAGAUUAUGGAACAGAUUACCAAAGGCUGAAAAUGUGCCUAAUAUUGCCAUUAAAAAUGCUGUACUUUCUCAAAAAGUGACAUUUGUCAGAUGGAAGGUUCAUCAUGACUGGGUGACACAGGUAAAAUAUUUUCACAGUUUUCAGGCUGUUGCCUCAUCAUCAAAUGAAGAGACUUCUUCUCUUGUUUUAGGCUGUGUGCUUCCUUCAACACAUUCUGCACAGCAGCUCAAGGAGAUCAGAGAGGUGUGCUACGAGGGUAAAAACAGGAAGAUCCAACUAAGCUGGAUUCCACAGGCCCGCGCAUCUGGGGAUCAGACUGUCUUCUCUGUCUGCAAAGGUGUAAAGGCUUUUGACCUUUGUCAGAAGCACAGUUUGCUGGUGACUGGAGGAAUGGACAGACUAUUACGCCUGUGGAACCCACGUUUUUCAGAGAAACCCACUGCUAUUUUAAAAGGCCACUCUUCUCCCAUCAUCUCCCUUUGUAUCUCGUCAGAGGACAAUCAGAUCUUUUCUGUCUCCACAGACAGCACUGUGAAGAUUUGGCACAUUCAGGAUCAGUGUUGCCUAUUCACAGCCGACCCCAUAGUCAGCGGGAUUCAUGGCAAUGUAUCUGCAUGCUCCUAUUCCCCUGCCAUGAGAUCUCUGUACGUCGCAGCAGACUGCAUAGCGGUGCUCCCCUUGAUGUUAAGGUCAAAGCGUCACAGUCGUAUCACUAUUUCUCAUGAUGAAGCUGUAAUGUGCUGUGGUUAUAGCAAGGAAUUUCGGCAGGUCGUGAGCUGCAGCGAGGGGUCUGUUGUGAAAGUCUGGGAUUUUGAUACUGGGCGACAAGUUUUUGAGUUUACUGCAACACCAGAUCUGACCACCAUCACCUGCAUGACAUUUGACCUUAAGGGAAGAAGACUCAUCACAGGAGGAACAAAUGGAUGCUUAAAGGUAUGGAACUUCAACAGCGGACAGUGCCUAAAGACAUUAAAGAAAGAAGGUAAAUGCCAUCUGGUGUCUGACUGCAUCUUUCUUGAAGUUCAAGGAUUUUCUUAUGUGGUUGCUGUCGGAGGAGACCGGAGGAUUGAUAUUUAUUCAGAUGUUCCUGAAGACCUUUAUCAUGUCCAGAGACCCCAGCCUUCAUGGAAAGAUGAUUUGAAAAAUGGCCAUAAGGAGGGCAUUCUAUCUGUGGUGCAGUGUCUUCCCUCUCUCCUGGCCACUGGCAGCUACAAUGGAGAGAUCAUAGUGUGGAACGUAGCUUCUGGAUCUAUAAACUGCCGGUUUGUUGGACCUCUUGCAGCUAAAGAACAGAACACAGAAGGACUGGAUACAGGUGUUCCAAGCAUGGUUUUUAUCAAAAACUUAAAAGUGCUGCAGCUAUCUCCAACUACUGCUCUCUUGACGCCUGGAGUCAAAGGGUGGGUUAAUCUCUGGGAUGUGCUUGGUGGACGGAAGCUAGUGAGCAGCUUUAAAGUUUCAAAAUUUCAACAAAAGAUAACUAAGUUGUCCAUCGCUGACAAGACGACACUGCUGUACGCUGCUGACAGGAUUGGUUACAUCUAUAUUUACAACAUGGAGAUGUUUGACCCAGAGCAAAGUUCGCCUAGAGCUGAACAUUUCUGGCGUGCCCACACCGGCUCAAUUACCAGCUUACAGAUUGUUACCAGUGAUCAAGUGGUGCUUACCUCAUCCACUGACCGCACUGUGAGGCUGUGGAGUGCACAAGGAGAAUUCAUUGGGACAUUUGGCCAGCCUGAGAUGUGGAGUGUCCAGAUUCCCUCAUCCUGGACUCAUCCGGGUAUCCCCUAUGAGGUUCUGAUUGAUCCUCUCAGUAUGCCACAUCAUGAUAUUCUAAAGAGAAAAUCACAUCUCUCUAUAGCCAUCAGUUCUGACGUGACUGAGACUGAUAGAGGGGAACUAAAGACUCUGUGAUGAAAUUGACUGGAAUACUAACAUACCAUCAAACAACUUCACUCUGAAUGGCUUCAGGACCUUGGAGCAAAUGAAUGCCUGUGAACCAUCUAAACUCUCUCUGGUAUUGAUCCGUUCAUCUGCUACAUGGGAAAACUGGAAUUAACUGACAAAAAUUAAACAGUUUUGAUAAAAACUAAGAAAAUGGGUCAUUGCAAUGUUAUGAGUCAAAGUAUGUUAUGUAGUUUAAUACUACAGCCAGACACAUCCACCAAUUGAAAGGCUGGAGUUUUAGAACAAGUAUUUUCAGGAUGUGGUGGACUAAAGCUGUGACCUGGAGAAUUUCCUUUCCACAUUUGAAACACAUGUCCAGUUUAAGUUCAUUUUAGUGACCUUUUAAUAGGCAAUAGUUUAAUUGAAUUCAAUAUAAAUAACUGCACCGUUUCUGGUAAAGUUUGUGUGUAAUUUUCAUUUGGCUGGUGUGCUAAUUAAGAUGUAAUGUUGUAACACACUUCAGCUUCCUUCUAAAGUCUAAAAACAUGACUGUUGGGUUAAUUAGUUUCUCUAAAAUGGAGUUAUGAUGAAAAUUCAUAAUGAAAGACUCACCUUCACCGCCCACUCCUUCCAAUGACUCUUCUGUGCAUCUCCCUGCCAUCCAAUAAGCAUCCUGUCUGCAUGACUCUUCAUCCAAUCCCCUUCCGAUGCCUCGCUUUUAAAAACCUUCAGCCAUGUUCAUCCUCGCUUGUCAGCUGAGCUCAUCCCUCCUCCACUCCACCUCCACCAUCUUCCUUCACAUCUACUCCUGGCUUCCUCGCUCCCUGGCCACCA